AUGAAAGGAAAAUGGAGUAUUCAAGUUAUCUGGAAGGGUUCUGUCAUUGGCCAGAUCCAUUUCAACAUUAUAUAUAUUUGUAUCAGGUUCUUCCCGUUGGUUUCGCAUUUGAGCAAGAAGGAAAGCGAGAGAUCAUUCUUGGACAAUGGAAGCAUGUUAUUAGAGGAUCUCAUUGCUUCUUGUGAUGGCAAAUCUAACCCUAUUCGUUGUUAUUCUGCUGCUGAGCUCAUGAGGGCUACCAACAACUUCGAUCCUUCUUGCAUUAUGGAAAACGUUUCACCAUACUACCAAAUGUUCAGGGGUAUUCUAGACGACCGAACAAUUAUCAUUAAGAAGUACAUCACACAGGAAUACAUCAACAAGGAUGAAGCUAGGUCUUGUGCUAUUCGUGAUAUUAUCAUAUCAAUGCAGAUGAGCACCCAUAAGAAUGCUUUGAAAUUAUUAGGUUGCUGCUUAGAGUUUUCUAUCCCAGCUCUGGUGCAUGAAAAUGCAGCAAAAGGAGUUCUCAACAAUCAUGGAAGUUUAGGGACUAACGAAAAUCAAUCCAUGUUACCAUGGAAAACUAGAUUGCAUAUUGCAAAGCAGCUUGCUAAUGCACUUACAUAUCUCCAUACGGCCUUUCCCAGACCCAUCAUUCAUAGGGAUCUGAGAUCCACUUGCAUUUUGUUGGAUGAUGACUAUGUUCCCAAACUCUCCAACUUUUCAUUAUCCAUAACCAUUCCUCCUAAGCAAUCCCAUGUUGAAGAUAGCGUGAAAGGGACAUAUGGGUACGCCGACCCAAACUAUAUGGCGACUGGUUACAUUACGGCUAAAAGUGAUGUUUAUAGCUUUGGUGUUCUUCUACUUGUAUUCUUGACGCGAAGAGCAGCUUUAAAAAAUCAGGCUGGAAAAUUUGAACCUAUUACUGCAGAUCUGAAACUUCGUCUUUCUGAUGUCCGGAUUCAAAUUGAGACAAUUGUGGACCCUAAAAUCCUUGAGAAUGUAGGGGGAGAUGACCAAGCACAAGAGCAAUUGCAGGAUUUCCUAGAACUUGCAUUGUCCUGCAUCCAAACCCAAUGUGAAGCAAGGCCCGAUAUGAUUGAUGUGGCCAAAGAACUCGUACGAAUUGAGAACUCCAUCUUGCCUUGCUAG